UAUUGCAAAUCUUUUCCUGUGCGCAAGUUAGUUACUGACUGUAUGCGAGACAAAACUUGUGGGAUCAGUCUUUUAAAGCCGCCUCUUCGUUGCAGAGAUAUUUAUUCUACAACAAAAUUAAUUCAUGUUCCAUAAUUGAUGGAGUUUGGUGUUUGCUGAGAAAGAACGCCCAUGUGGAAAGGUGACAUAAGCCAAGCUGAUGCGAUACACAUUUGGAGGCUUUUACUUUCAUCUGAGACUGUUUGGGAGAAAUGGAUCUGUUGAUAUCUGAUGGUGUGAUCCUUUGCCAACAAACUUGAUUGAAUAACAUUAUGCUCUUUAAUAUUUCAAGUUUGGGAAUCAUGGCGUCUAACAGAGAGAAGAUUGUACUUGAAGAAAGCGAUAGUCAAGCUAUGUCUACCAACCUAAAAUACCUUUCCUUGGGGAUAUUGGUCUUCCAGACGACUAGUUUGGUUUUGACUAUGCGCUAUUCUCGGACACUGAAAGAAGAAGGACCUCGUUAUUUAUCUUCAACUGCAGUGGUUAUCGCGGAGCUUUUGAAGAUUAUGGCCUGUAUUUUGUUGGUUUACAAAGACAGCAAGUGCAAUUUACGAGCUUUGAACCGAGUGUUACAUGAUGAAAUCCUUAAUAAGCCAAUGGAGACACUUAAACUUGCCAUUCCUUCUGGGAUUUACACACUACAGAAUAAUCUGCUGUAUGUUGCCUUGUCAAAUCUAGAUGCAGCCACUUACCAGGUCACGUAUCAGUUGAAAAUUCUUACCACUGCAUUAUUUUCUGUGUCCAUGCUCAGUAAGAAAUUAGGUGUAUAUCAGUGGCUUUCAUUGGUGAUUCUGAUGGCUGGAGUUGCGUUUGUACAGUGGCCAUCAGAUUCACAGGCAGCAGAAACUAAACAACUUUCGGCAGGAUCACAAUUUGUGGGCCUGAUGGCAGUACUUAUAGCCUGCUUUUCAAGUGGAUUUGCUGGAGUGUAUUUUGAGAAAAUUUUGAAAGAAACAAAACAGUCAGUAUGGAUUAGGAACAUUCAGCUAGGAUUUUUUGGUAGCAUAUUUGGAUUGAUGGGUGUGUACAUUUAUGAUGGAGAACUUGUAUCACAGAAUGGAUUUUUUCAAGGUUAUAACAAGCUCACCUGGAUAGUUGUAGUUCUGCAGGCACUUGGAGGUCUUGUUAUAGCUGCCGUUAUAAAAUAUGCAGACAACAUUUUAAAAGGAUUUGCAACAUCCUUAUCUAUUAUAUUGUCAACAUUAAUCUCAUACUUCUGGCUUCAAGAUUUUGUCCCUACAAGUGUUUUUUUUCUUGGAGCCGUUCUUGUAAUAGCUGCUACAUUCCUAUAUGGUUAUGAUCCAAAACCUGCAGUGAAUCCUAUUAAAGCAUAGCAGACUCUUCCAUGCCAGACCAUUUUGCCAAGACUGUUCAAUAAGGACCUCAAAGAAACUCUGUACAGAGGCUCAUCAAGCACUGGAAAGGAAUUGUUGGCAUUGUAUCCGAAGAGUGACAUUAAAUAAUGGUAUACUGGAGACAAAGGUUAAAGACAGAAAACAAUAUGUACCUCUGGAAAAGAAGAAAGGCCUAGAGCAAAACCUGAAGGGAACACAUUGCUUCUAGUACCUACAAUUAGAAAUGCUUCCAGCUUGAACUCUGAGGUUAAAUCAGAAUGAUUUACUGUUUUUGACAGCUGCAAAAAUGUCCUAUGAACUCUCCUUGCAGGAGCUCAUGACAACUCUUGUUGAAUCAUACCUGUUUUUUGCAAAUUGACUAAUUCAUCUUAGUAAGUAUGGUUUUUUAAAAUAAAUAAAUAAAUAAAUAAAUAAAUCUUGCUCUAUAUCUAUAAGUAUCAAAUCAAAGAGAAAAAAGCUCUACUUCUAUAGUGAUGUUUCUGAUUUAGGUGUUCCUAUUUAAAAACCUGCAAAGUACGAUUGAAUCAUUCUCAUUUCCAGAUUUUUAAUAUUUUAUAUAGAAAGAUGAAUUAAUAAACAGAAAUUGGUGUUGUAAAAUAUAUCUAUAUACAUUUCUUACAAUAAUUUUCUCGGUAGAUUCCAUGAGAGGGAUAAUAUAAUACUUUUAUUAUUUGUGAACUCGAUUAGUAGUGGUGUGUGUCUGUGGUUAGGUCACUAAGGGUGUAAUCCUAUGGAUGUUUAGAAAGAAAAAGUCCUACAACUCCCGGCAUUCCCCAGCCAGUCAUGCUGGCUGGGGAAUACUGUAAAUUGUAAGACCUUGUUCUGUCUAAACAUCCAUAGGACUGCAUCUUAACUGUGCUGCUGCACCAUUCCCAUUUAAAUAAAUGGAAGCCUCAUUUAAAUAAAGGAUGGGCUAUUGAGAUAAAUGGAGGCAGCAUAACUAUAGAGCCUAGUGUUUUCCCCCACAUUCAGCAAAUGGAUACGGUACAGUGCCAGCAUUGAGAUCGAAUAUGGAUGUGCUUGUUCAAAGAACAAUUCUUUUCUCGAUAAACAAAAAAUUCUUGUAACUAACUUACAGUAUAUUUCAUCGGUUAAACAUUGAACAUCUUUUUAAACUGUAUUUUUUUUAAAUUAGCCAUGUAACUAUUUCAAAGUAUUACAGUUCCUUCCGAAGCCACGGUGUACAUCAUGUGUAUAUACUGUAUUAAAAAAAAAAAAAAAUGGGGAGAAUUAUGUAACUGAAGUGGUUCUAUUGAGCCCUGAAAUUGCACUGUUAUAAUACAUGCUAUUGGUAUUAUCCAAAAAAUUAAGAAUGUUAUUGUGCAAUAAACAGAGGGCAUGAUUCCUCCUGGUGCAAGUGGAGGGAUUGUCGUAAGGCCCAAUAAAACCCUCCCUUUGUGGCUAAUCAUGAAGCUUGAAAACAAUUCUGAGCUGGGGCUCAGGUUGAAAAGUGAGGGUUAUCCAGCUCCCAUUCUGGAUAAUUGCCCUCAAUGGGGAAGGGCUCCAUUGUCCAUAUUGUAAUCCUUAUAUGCACGCAAUGCCUGCAGUCAUACCAAUAGGGAUAAUACUUGUAGUAUUUUGGAGGGUUCAAAUUAAAAACUUUUUAAAAAAAUGCCCAGAGGACAUAAGCCAAUAA